CAAUAUAUAUUUGUGUAUGAAUAUGAUUAUGGAUAGCGGACAUUCACAUAACAUACAAAGGGCCUCGCCUAUACAAGAGUGCCCACAACCCAAGGAUUUACAAAUAUCAACUACGCCACCAACACCACCCAACGAUGACAGUUAUCAUGGAAAUACCACUAAUCAGUUAUCACCAAAGACUAACACGCCACCAGCAACCAAGAGCACACUUAAGCGUUCAUUUGAUGUGGCAUUUCUAAUGAUGCCCGACGAACGCUUGAAAAACAAUCAAGUGGAAAAGCAAAGACCUCCUCAAACUCAAUUCUAUCAGCAGUUGAAUAGACAACCAGAGAUUACAGUAAAACAGGAUUUGCGUCGGUAUCCACAUAUAACUGUUAAAACUCCCCGCAUCUAUGAUGAUCCCACAUUGGUAAUAUCUUCACCCGAAUGGGAAUCGACACCUUUGAGAAGUGCAUUUACUAAGGUUCCCUCACGUUUGGAAUCUCCUGGUCAACCAGCUCCUCCCUUAAGUCCAGAUCAGCUAAGCUGUUCGUCAAUGAGUCCUCCCGUCGCUACAACACCACCCCGAUCUGCCAGCGGCAGUAGUAAUGACAUCAUAUCAAUUGACAGUUUGCCUUCAUCACCGACCAACAUGUCGCCUAACAUUGUCUAUCAUAAUUUUCGCCAAGAAUAUUCUCCAAAUGGAGCCUUUCACACAGUCCAGUCCCUACAAACGCACAGACUAAAACAUCACCUGCUUUAUCGUCCGAAUCUCAAUCAAGAACAUCAUUCUUCAGCUCCACCACCUUCUAGUCCACCAGAAUUUUUUCCUGUCUAUCCUGGUUUUCCGUUUCCACAUGGCGCGGGUAAUGUUCCGCAUCCAUUUGCUGGCAUUUCUCAUCCUGAGUUGCCUAGAAUUGUUCAGAAUCCAGCCGCUGCUGCCAUUCUAUCCACACUUAUACCCCCUACGUUGGCCUCAACUUUCACUCUAACUGCUCAGAAUGUGUGUGCAAAAUGUAAUAUUAGUUUCCGCAUGACUAGUGACUUGGUGUAUCAUAUGCGUUCUCAUCACAAAAGUGAAGUAGCGACGGAUCCCAAUCGCCGUAAGCGUGAGGAAAAACUAAAAUGUCCUGUGUGCCAAGAAAGCUUUCGGGAACGUCAUCAUUUAACACGUCACAUGACGGCCCAUCAAGACAAGGAAAGUGACCAGACCAACAACUCCACCAACAGUUCAGCAAAUAAUAGUUUUGCUGGCAACUCCAACUCCCGUCACAGUAGUCAACGGCCUGCUGGCUACAACAAAUGACU